AUGGUAGAGCUUUAGCAAACACUUGGAUUGCCUCCUUCAAAUGGACCAUGUCCUCAUAAUUCAUGUUGGAUUUCCGCAAUUAGAGGACUAAGAAAUGGUCUUUACUACGGAGGUAAAGUUAGAUUUGCUCAUGCAAUUGUCAUGGCAAUCCUAUUCUAACAAGGAACUGUGCUAGACAAACUAAAAUCAGCAAUAAAGCUCGCAUGGCAACAUGGUAAAAACCUUGGAUCAUUUGUAUUCAUCUACAAGUUAGUACAAUGCGCUUUACAGUAACUAUUCAACUAAAAGAACCCAGUAUUUUCUUUUGUUGCAGGUAUUAUCGGAGCUUAUUUUGUUUGGAGAGACCGUAACAGUAUCAAUCAAUAAAUAUGCUUCUAUCUACUUUCGCGUAUUCUGGAAGGCACUGCCAAGAGACUUCAAAAGUCGGGACAUCUGCCAGAGAUGAAAGCGUUUGGAUAUGUCUCUAUGAUUUGCUGGGGUGUGGUAAUGUUCUUAUUUGAAGAGGACAAGUCAGUGCUGCAGAACUCACUUCAAAGCUCAAUGACAUUUCUAUACAAGGACAGCGAUCAAGUAAAUGGGUGGAGAGAUUUUGUUCCAAUCUACAUUCCUUGA